AUGCCUGAGGCAAAUCACUCCGCAACAACUGAAUUCAUUCUCAUGGGACUUACAGAAAACCCGGACCUGAAGGCCCUUCUGUUUGGGGUGUUCUCUGCCAUCUAUCUGGUCACCAUGGUAGGGAAUGUAGGUUUAGUGGCCUUGAUUUACAUGGAGCCCCGUCUUCACACACCAAUGUACAUCUUCCUGGGCAACCUGGCUCUCAUGGACUCCUGCUGUUCCUGUGCUGUCACUCCCAAGAUGUUAGAGAACUUCUUUUCUGAGGACAGAAGGAUUUCCCUCUAUGAGUGCAUGGCACAAUUCUAUUUUUUCUGUUUUGCUGAGACUACAGACUGCUUUCUUCUGGCAGCAAUGGCCUAUGACCGCUAUGUGGCCAUAUGCAGACCAUUGCAGUACCACAUCCUGAUGUCAAAGAAACUCUGUGUUCAGAUGACCACAGCAGCCUACAUAGCUGGAAACCUGCAUCCCAUGGUUGAAGUAGGACUUUUAUUUAGGUUAACUUUCUGUGGAUCUCAUCAAAUCAAUCACUUUUUUUGUGAUGUCCUUCCAUUAUACAGACUCUCUUGUGUUGACCCUUAUAUCAAUGAAUUGAUGAUAUUCAUCUUGGCAGGGUCAAUUCAAAUCUUCACUAUUACCAUAGUCCUAAUCUCUUAUUUCUAUAUCCUUUUCACUAUAUUCACAAUGAAAUCUAAAGAAGGAAGGGGCAAAGCUCUAUCUACCUGUGCAUCCCACUUUCUCUCUGUGUCAAUAUUUUAUGGUUCUCUUCUCUUCAUGUAUAUUAGACCAAGUUCAGUUAAUGAAGGGGAUACAGAAAAACCAAUUGCCAUUUUUUAUACUCUAGUAAUUCCUUUAUUAAACCCUUUUAUUUAUAGUCUAAGAAACAAGGAAGUAACAAAUGUUAUGAAAAGAAUUAUGAAGAGGCACUCUUGUAAUUUUAUGUAA